AUGUUCGCGGGACGUCCGAAGGCGACCAAGGCCCUAAAAGGGAAGCGGACAGUGAAACUAUCCUCCAACGGAGUCGCUCUGUGUGCUAUGCUUUACAGCAUUCAUGAUGUAACUGCGCGGGGUGGCCACAUCUUAAUCAUGACCACCAACGUCAUCAAGCAGCUGGAUAAGGCUCUCCUAUGUCUAGGGCGCGUUGAUAUGGAGACUGACUUCGGCUAUGGCAGUCUAGGAACAAUUCGCACGUCUUUCACGCAGCCGCCAUCAGGGACGUCCUGGGUGUUCUGGACGCAGGGGGGGCAGUUUCGCCCACAUGCCUUGCCAAGUUGCGCGGAGUAG